UCUUCCCACUGCCUGCCAUCUUCCCACCACUCAGGACCUCUCCUCAACAUCUCUGCUUCAGGCUUACCUGCUUCCAUCUCGCAGCAGUUCCUUGAUGAGCUCCAGGGAACACGCAGGAUUUGUCCUCCAACAUCACAUGCUAAAUGUCAGAACAGCCAAGUGAGGGCCUUUAAGACAGAGGUCCUGACUUAGGCCCUGACUUGUCACAGGGGCAGAUUUAUGGAUUCACCAUCACCAUGCAGACUCCUCCUCAAACUCCUCCUGUUUUUAACAUUACUAACAUUAGGUGUUUCUCUGGAGUGUGAAACAUGUACCAGCGCAUCUAAGAACUGCUCAGGCCCAAUGGCAGUAUGUGAUGAAAAGAGCGAAACCUGCCUCGUCUCCUAUACUGCGAUCACUUCACCUGGAAACAUAGAAGAAAAAACCGAGAAAGGUUGUGGAAGCACUUACAGGUGCACAUUCCCUCCAAUUUACUUCAAUAUGGGCCCAAAAGUUUACAGGUCACACUGGGUCUGUUGCAUGGGAGAGACUUGCAAAUCUGUUACUGUUCAUUUACCACCAUUGAUGAGAACAAAUAAUGGAUAUCAGUGUCCUGGAUGCUAUGCACGGUCAGAAUCCUGCACACCAGAGACGGUGAAUUGUACUGGAUGGGAUAAAAGUUGCUUUGAGAUAGCUUCACAUGCAGAAUCCAGUAAUGGAAGCCACAUAGACAGAACAAUGAUGGGCUGCACGAAUAGGUUUGUGUGUGCUACAAUGGAGACAGAACGCGGCAUUCAUUGGUACGGUAGUGGCAGUGUCCAGAAGGCCCAGUGUAAACCAAUAUCUGACCACGGUUCUCGAUCCACCAGCCUCUGCCUGACACUCAUCUCUGCACUCCUGAUGAUGAAGUUUUUCUUGGAUAAGGCACUAGCAUAGCAGUACAACUACACUAGAUUCAAUUAGGACUCCAAGGUGUAUCUUCUCCAUUUUAACAACAUGCAGGUUGGCCUUCCAUAUUAAUCUUCACUGCUUUCCUCAGGGAAAAAUAAAC